CCUACCAUAUUGACUUAGCCAGAAAAAAACAAUCUGAACAGCCUCUCAAAGAAGCGUUAUAGUCAUUCGUGUUGACGUUUCGAGUGGUUUCUUGAGCUAGCCUUUUGGGCUCGGUCCAGGGCUUAGAAGAUUUCCAGAUGAGGUUCUCACCUUGUUCCAUAAAUGUACGGUAACCUCAGUGUUCCUUGUCUCAGUUACCCGAUAUUUUUCAGAUUGUUUUCUUCUUUUUCUAGUGCCCUCAGAAACCAGAAAGUUAUGGCUUUAGCAUUGCGUUUUCGCUGUGUUGCUGUUUUAGUUUUUCUAUUAUCAUCCCCAAGUGCACUUCCAGUGGUGAAGGUGAAGGCAGCUGCUUUGGAUCUUUUCACUGACAAGGAAGCACUGCUUUCGCUUAAAUCUCAGGUAACCACUGAUCCUUCAAAUACUCUUUUCUCAUGGAACAACAACUCCAGCCCCUGUAACUGGACUCGUGUUAGCUGCAACGAGGUGAAUCAAAGAGUCGUUGGCCUUGAUUUGUCUGGCCUUAGAUUAACAGGUUCCAUUAGCCCAAACAUUGGAAACCUAUCCUUCCUUCGCUCACUCCAUCUACAAGGGAACCAAUUUACAGGAGUUAUUCCUGAUCAAAUUGGUGCUCUUUCCCUUUUGAGCGUCCUUAAUAUUAGCUUUAACAGCAUCAAUGGUCCAAUACCUUUAAACAUAAACAAGUGCUUAAAUCUCCAGAUCCUGGACUUGAUGCAAAAUGAGAUCUCAGGAGCAAUUCCUGAGGGACUCAGCAGCCUAAAAAGCCUUGAAAUCCUCAAGCUGGGUGGAAACAAGCUCUGGGGUACGAUCCCACCAUCUUUUGCAAACAUUUCCUCUCUUCUCACCCUAAAUUUAGCCACCAAUAAUCUUGGUGGAAUGAUCCCUGACGAUUUUGGUCGUUUUAAGAAUCUAAAACAUCUAGACCUUAGUAUCAAUAAUCUCACCGGCAAUGUUCCCCUAUCCCUGUACAACAUUUCUUCUUUGGUUUUCCUCGCUGUUGCUUCAAACCAACUGCGAGGCGAAAUCCCAGUUGAUGUUGGAGAUAGACUCCCAAAUCUUUCGAGCUUCAAUUUUUGCAUCAACAAAUUUACCGGUUCAAUUCCAUGGUCUUUGCAUAAUCUUACAAACAUAAAGAGCAUCCGCAUGGCACACAAUCUUCUGAGUGGAUAUGUGCCAUCAGGACUUGGAAAUCUUCCUGAAUUGCAAAUGUAUAAUAUUGGCUACAAUCAGAUAAAAAGUUCUGGUGAUGAGGGUCUCAAUUUUCUCACUUCUUUCAUAAACAGUAGCUAUCUUAACUUUCUUGCCAUCGAUGGCAAUCUUCUGGAGGGUCUCCUUCCGGAAUCCAUUGGAAAUCUCUCGAGUUCUCUUAGAAGUUUAUACUUGGGAGGGAAUAGAAUAUAUGGAAGGAUACCUGCCUCAAUCAGACAUCUUAGAAGCUUGGCGUUGCUAAAUAUAAGCUAUAAUUAUGUUUCUGGUGAAAUUCCACCAGAAAUCGGCGAGCUUACAAAUCUGCAAGAGUUGCAUUUGGCUGAAAAUAUGAUAUCGGGCAGAAUUCCAAACUCCCUUGGAAAGCUCCAAAAACUGAAUGAAAUUGAUCUAUCUAGUAACGACUUGGUAGGAAGUCUGCCCACAACUUUUGUUAAUUUCCAGCAGUUGGUGUCCAUGGAUCUAUCCAGCAACAGGAUCAGCGGAAGCAUACCGAAAGAAAUUUUCAGUCUCUCCAGUUUGAGUGCAACUCUGAACCUGUCCAGUAACCAGCUAACAGGUUCUUUUCCUCAAGAGAUCAAGGGGCUCGAAAAUGUUGCCGCUGUUGAUUUUUCUCACAAUCAUUUGUCUGGAAGCAUCCCAGAUACAAUUGGAAGCUGGAAGAGUUUGGAAAAGUUUUUCUUGGAAAAUAAUAUGUUCUCUGGAGUCAUUCCAGCUACUCUAGGUGACGUGAAGGGUUUGGAGAUCCUUGACCUCUCUUCGAACCAAUUAUCAGGCAUAAUACCCAAUAAUCUUGAAAACUUGCAGGCCCUUCACUUGUUGAACCUCUCAUUCAACGACCUUGAAGGACUUCUUCCUAAGGAAGGAGCCUUUAGAAAUCUCUCUAGAAUUCACGUGGAAGGGAAUUCGAAGCUCUGCUUGGAUUUAACUUGUUGGAACAAUCAACAUCGGAAAAGAACAUCCACUGCAAUUUAUAUUGUCAUUGGCAGCAUAGCCACAGUUGCAGUAUGCUCAGUGAUAGCAGUUUUGCUGUGUGUAAGGAAAAGAAAAGGGAAAAUUAUGCCAAGGGCAGAUUCAAUUAAGCUUCGGCAUCCCACAAUCACUUAUAGAGAACUUCGUAAAGCAACUGGGAGUUUUGACACUGGAAAUCUGAUAGGGAAGGGCAGUUUUGGGUCAGUCUACAAAGGUGAACUUGGAGAUGGGACUGUUGUUGCAGUUAAGGUGCUUGACAUCGAGAAGUACGGAUCCUGGAAGAGUUUUUUGGCUGAAUGUGAGGCUUUGAAGAACGCAAGGCAUCGAAAUCUUAUUAAACUAGUCACCUUAUGCUCAACUAUAGAUGUUAAGGGUUUCCAAUUUGUGUCUUUGGUUUAUGAUUACAUGCGUAAUGGGAGCUUGGAAGAAUGGAUUAAGGGAAGCAAAAGGCGAUCAGAUGGAGGCUUGUUGAAUAUUUUGGAGAGGUUAAAUGUGGCAAUCGAUGUUGCUUGCGCUGUGGAUUACCUGCACCAUGACUGUGAAAUUCCAGUAGCGCACUGUGAUUUGAAACCAAGUAAUGUGCUUUUUGACAAAGACAUGACUGCAAAGGUGGGAGACUUCGGUUUGGCUAAAUUGCUGGCAGAGAGAGGAGCUGAUCAGCAGCCAAUAACUUGCACAGGUGGCCUCAGGGGCUCUAUAGGAUACAUUCCUCCAGAAUAUGGUUUAGGAUUGCGGCCAUCAACUUCGGGAGAUGUUUACAGCUAUGGAGUUAUGCUGCUAGAGCUGUUCACAGGGAAGAGCCCAACACACGAAAUCUUUUCUGGAGGUUCAAGCAUAAUCAAGUGGGUGCAAUCAGCUUUUCCUGCCACCAUAGAACAAGUAGUGGACCCUGAGCUACUCUUAUCAAUUCAAGAUUUUCAGCAUGACGCUCAAUCCAUGAGCCCUGAAAAACAGCAUGAAUGCUUGAUUACUAUCCUUGGUGUUGGGCUAUCCUGCACGGUUGAUUCUCCUGAUCGGAGAACUAACAUGAGGGACUCUCUUCUCAAACUGAAAACGGCUAGAGACACUCUUCUCAAACCACCGCUUGACCACAAACCAGAUCUUGACUUGGAAGCUGGAAUUGGCAAUAGCAGCAUGAAGAGUUUCUAGAUAUUUAGCUGGUUCACUCUCUGUUUUAUUCUGUGCUUGUCUCUAAUUGUUCUUCCUGGUUCAUGUUUUAUGCUUUUCAAGCCCCAUGUUAUAUUUUAUUUUGUUUUAUAGCACAUGGAAUAUAAUUACCAACA